AUUUCUGUGAGUUUCAUUUAGCUCUCAUCCAACCAUGCCUCGAGGAACACUUGAAGUUGUUCUUGCUGAUGCCAGAGGCCUUGACAACAAUGAUUUUCUGGCUAAGAUAUCCCCCUAUGCUGUUUUGACUGUAAAGACCCAAGAGAAGAAAAGUACUGUGCUUACAGGGAAAGGAUCAAACCCAGAAUGGAAUCAAUCUUUUCUGUUCACAAUUUCGGAUGAUGAAGUCAAGGAACUCCAUCUGACAAUUAUGGACAAAGAUAACUUCAGUGCAGAUGAUUAUGUUGGAGAAGCAACCAUUCCUUUACUGCCAGCUUUUGUCAAAGGAACUGUGAACCCAACUACAUACAACAUUGUCAAUAAGGAGAAGGAAUUUUGUGGUGGGGUUAAACUUGGACUCACUUUCACUCCUGAAUCUGGUUUUCUACCUGGGAGAAGCGAUCAUGGUUCUGGAGAACAUGGUGAGGAGGGCUCUGGUGGAUGGAAACAGUCAUCUGAUGGGGAGGAAAUACCGGGUGGAUGGAAACAAUCAUCUCUUGGGGAGGAGAGACUAGGUGGAAGGAAUGAACCAUCUUAUGGGGAGGAGAGACAUGGUGGGAGGAAUGAGCCGCCUUAUGGGGAAGAAAGACCACCUUUUGGGGAGGAGAGACCACCUUUUGGGGAGGAGAGGCCACCUUACGGGGAAGAGAGACCACCUUACAGGGAGGAGAGACCACCUUAUGGGGAAGAGAGACCACCUUACAGGGAGGAGAGACCACCUUACGGGGAAGAUAGGCCACCUUUCAGAGGCGAGAGACCACCUUACGGGGAAGAUAGGCCACCUUUCGGGGGUGAGAGACCACCUUUCAGGGGGGAGAGACCACCUUAUGGGGAGGAGCGGCCACCUUUCGGGGAGGAGGGACCGCCUUUUGGGGAGGAAAGACAUGGUGGAAGGAAUGAACCGCCUUAUGGGGAGAGACCAGGUGGAUGGAAACACUCGCCUUCCGGUGAGGAGAGAUAGGAGGAUUGAUGGAAGCAAUUCUACCCUGGUAUAAACUUGUGAUCAUGCAAUGUUUGGGAAUACAGUAAUACUGGAUUGGAGGUUCCUUCUGGUGUGUGUUGUGUUCAAUCCUAUGUAUGUGCUCCUCAACUUGUUUCAUGUGAAAUAAUGAAUCUAUUGUACUGAUGUAUUUUGUUUUGUAUUUGCUUUACCACUUUGUGAUAUCCACUGUAGACUCCAAAACAAUUAUGUUGGUUUGCUAAAAUUCCCUAC